CCAACGAUCCAGGAUUGCACAGACCGUCGUCUACUCUAAGGCAGCAGCAAAUAGAGUCAAGAAGUGUGCUCGAAGCAAGAAUGAACGUGGAAAAUGGCAGGCCUGACCUGAAGGUAACAGAUUACAACCUACUCCCACGUCACAACUGCGUUGGUUAGGAAACCCCACUGUCAUUCCACCCAGCCCUGUGGCCACCGGAUUGAGCUUGGUGUGCGUUUGCCUUCCCCCUCAGAGACAAUGUACUGCCUUCAGUGGUUGCUCCCGGUCCUCCUCAUCCCGAAACCCCUGAACCCGGCUUUAUGGUUCAACCACUCAAUGUUCAUGGGCUUCUACCUGCUCAGCUUCCUGCUGGAGAGGAAGCCAUGUACCAUUUGUGCCUUAGUGUUCCUGGCAGCACUGUUUUUCAUCUGCUACAGCUGCUGGGGGAACUGUUUUCUGUACCACUGCCAUGACUCCACACUGCCAGACUCUGCACACGACCCCAGCAUCGUGGGCACCUAAGAGGAUUCCCCCUGACGUGAGGAGCACACGGAUCCUGGAUAAUCUGUAUCUAGGCUGUGAAUAAAAUCUCCCACCUGAGACUGUUGAGAUGUGGAGAGACAUAUCCUGAUUCUCAACCCCUCUGCCCUUUUGUGAACUUGUUCACUUCUCUUCAUGGAUUUAAAAGGAAUUGACUGGUGUAUGAAAUACGGUUACUCCCUCUCCCAUGCAUACGCCAAUCCAAUGCUUUUAAAUGUGUGGGGAUGAGUGCAUGUGUACACUUCCCAGAGAAUAGGCUACCCUACCUUCCUCACUACUGCCCUCCACCCCUGCCUUUAUUCCCUGGUUUUGAGUGAACGUCGCUUACCCUGGACUCAUUGGAUGUAAAGGUUUGCAUGCGUUGACAUUAGAGUUUUCAAAGGUCGUGUUAAUACAUAUAUUUUAAUUACAGAAUGCUGAAUGUUUCCAAAGGGUAGAAAUCAAAUGUGUGUGCGUGUGUUGAUAGUAUGACUUGAUGUUGUGAAGAUGCUGACUAUCAGUGUAAGUUGUUACGGUAGCAGGAAGGUGAACAUGAAAAUCCUGCUUCCUUGUUGAGCUUUGGAUGUCAAGAGAAGGUGAAUGAAGUGAACCUGUUAUCUACAGUGCCUUCAGAAAGUAUUCAUACCUCUUCACUUACUCCACAUUUUGUUGUAUUACAGCCUGAAUUCAA